CGUUCGGGACGCGGUUGCCUAAAAAGCGAAAAUAUAUUCCCGGAACAAAGCAAUAAUAACCCGUCACGAUUCGCCCACACGGCCUAUCUAUAAAGCCGCCCCCGUCUCCGCAAGGUGAUCGUAUUCAAUCAGUUUAUUCGAUCGCCGGAUACCCGAGGAAGAAGAAGAAGAAGAAAAGAUGAGCUACUACGGCCAGCAACCUCCCGUCGGCGUCCCGCCGCAGCAAGGUUACCCGGGGAAGGACGGCUACCCGCCGCCGGGGUACCCACCGGCCGGCUACCCGCCGGCGCAGGGCUACCCACCGGCUGGGUACCCCCCGCAGCAGGGCUACCCUCCGCCGUACGCGCAGCCGCCGCCCCAGCAGCAGCAGCACAGCAGCGGCCCUUCCUUCAUGGAGGGAUGCUUGGCUGCCCUCUGCUGCUGCUGUCUCCUGGACGCCUGCUUCUGAGGAUAGAGGCGACGGGUGCAAGAGAGCUGAAGAGAUUUGUUUCAUGGAGCUGAUCAAACCGAACUGCUAUGAGAAAAUGCUGCUAGAUUUCGUGUUCGGCAUUAUUACCUGUUAUUCGCCUUGUUUAUGAACCUCUCUGAACCUGAUUUAUUUGAUCAGUGUUUGAUGGAUGGCUAAAACUAUAUAGUUGUGUACUACUGUUGAUUCCAAUCUUGCUGGUGGAAUUCAACCCGGGUUGCGGAGUGCAAGUUGAAUUCGUUCUUGUUA